AUGGGGUCGCCUACGAUUCUCGGAGUGGGAACGGAGAUUUUGGUGCCGGGUUGCGCCGUCGUCGGCAUCAUCUUCUCCCAUCAGUGGGGAAUCGUUUCGCGCGUGAAAGUCACGCACGAGCGGACUCCGAGUAGUAACAACAAGAAGAAUGGGUUCAAUGAUUAUUUGAUCGAGGAAGAGGAAGGGAUAUACGACCAGAGUGUUGUUGUCAAGUGUGCUGAAAUUCAAGCUAUCUCGGAAGGUGCGACAUCCUUUCUUUUUACUGAAUAUCAGUAUGUCGGAGUCUUCAUGGUUGCUUUUGCAGCCUUGAUUUUCCUUUUUCUGGGUUCUGUUGAGGGCUUUAGCACCAAGAGCCAACCUUGCACUUAUGAUAAGCAGAAGACAUGCAAGCCCGCUCUUGCCACUGCACUUUUCAGCACUGUGUCAUUCUUGCUUGGCGCCAUCACCUCUUUGCUUUCCGGUUUCCUUGGGAUGAAAAUUGCUACUUAUGCCAAUGCAAGGACAACCUUAGAAGCAAGGAAGGGUGUUGGCAAGGCUUUUAUUACUGCAUUUAGAUCUGGUGCAGUGAUGGGUUUCCUCCUUGCAGCAAAUGGUCUUUUGGUGCUGUUCAUUGCUAUCAAUCUUUUCAAGCUGUACUAUGGUGAUGACUGGGAAGGCCUAUUUGAAGCUAUUACUGGUUAUGGUCUUGGUGGGUCUUCCAUGGCUCUCUUUGGGAGAGUUGGUGGUGGUAUCUACACCAAGGCUGCUGAUGUUGGUGCUGAUCUUGUAGGAAAGGUUGAAAGAAACAUUCCAGAAGAUGACCCGAGAAACCCUGCCGUCAUAGCAGACAAUGUUGGUGAUAACGUUGGGGACAUCGCUGGAAUGGGUUCAGAUCUUUUUGGCUCAUAUGCUGAAUCAUCAUGUGCUGCUCUUGUUGUUGCUUCCAUAUCAUCUUUUGGGAUCAACCAUGAUUUCACUUCUAUGCUCUAUCCUCUGCUCAUCAGUUCGAUUGGUAUCAUUGUCUGUUUGGUCACUACUCUAUUUGCCACUGAUUUGACUGAAAUCAAGGCCGUCAAAGAUAUUGAACCAAAAUUGAAGCAGCAGCUUAUAAUCUCUACUGUUCUUAUGACUGUUGGAAUUGCAAUUGUCUCAUGGGUUGGCUUGCCUUCUUCCUUUACAAUCUACAAUUUUGGGGUUCAGAAGGUUGUGAAAAACUGGCAACUGUUCUUGUGUGUGUGUGUUGGUCUUUGGGCUGGACUUAUCAUUGGGUUUGUCACCGAGUAUUACACUAGCAAUGCAUACAGCCCUGUGCAAGCCGUUGCUGAUUCCUGCAGGACAGGAGCUGCCACCAAUGUUAUCUUUGGCCUUGCUUUGGGAUACAAAUCCGUAAUCAUUCCAAUUUUUGCCAUUGCGGUCAGCAUUUUUGUUAGUUUUAGCUUUGCUGCCAUGUAUGGUAUUGCAGUGGCUGCACUUGGAAUGCUCAGCACUAUUGCCACUGGUUUGGCCAUUGAUGCUUAUGGUCCCAUAAGUGACAAUGCUGGAGGUAUUGCUGAGAUGGCUGGAAUGAGCCACCGCAUUCGUGAGAGAACUGAUGCCCUUGAUGCUGCUGGGAAUACCACUGCUGCCAUUGGAAAGGGAUUUGCCAUUGGAUCAGCUGCACUGGUGUCUUUGGCUCUAUUUGGUGCUUUUGUCAGCCGUGCAGCUAUCUCUACCGUUGAUGUUUUGACCCCAAAGGUCUUCAUUGGUUUGAUUGUUGGUGCUAUGCUUCCUUACUGGUUCUCUGCCAUGACAAUGAAGAGUGUUGGAAGUGCUGCUUUGAAGAUGGUUGAGGAGGUUCGCAGGCAGUUCAACACCAUCCCAGGUCUGAUGGAGGGCACCACCAAACCUGAUUAUGCUACCUGUGUCAAGAUCUCCACUGAUGCAUCCAUCAAGGAGAUGAUUCCCCCUGGUGCUCUUGUCAUGCUAACACCCCUCAUUGUUGGAAUCUUCUUUGGUGUGGAAACCUUGUCUGGUGUGCUCGCAGGUGCCCUUGUUUCUGGUGUCCAGGUCGCAAUUUCUGCAUCUAACACUGGUGGUGCAUGGGACAAUGCCAAGAAGUACAUCGAGGCCGGUGCCUCUGAGCAUGCAAGGACCCUCGGACCUAAGGGGUCCGAGCCACAUAAGGCAGCUGUGAUUGGCGACACCAUUGGAGAUCCACUCAAGGACACUUCAGGCCCAUCGCUAAACAUCCUCAUCAAGCUCAUGGCUGUUGAAUCACUGGUGUUUGCUCCUUUCUUUGCCACUCACGUAAUAAGUAACAAAAGAGAAGAGGAAGAGAAUAACUUCAGUGUUGGGUAACGAAAUUCGUCACCCCACACUCCUCUUGUGUAGUCUUCUUCACUCUUGUGUUGUCUCUUCUCUGCAACACUCAGAUAACUCUCUCUUUUCAGUUCCCCACAAAACAAAGCAGAAAAAAUGUUUGUCUCCGCCCCAUAUCCUCUCCCUCUAACCCCACCACCACCGCCCUUUCUUCCCUCCUUUUCUCUCUCUAUUCGCCGCUCUUUCCUUCCUAUUCCCUCCUCCACAAUCACUAAACCCCUCCGCCCCGGCUCCUCACGCCUCCCUUCCAUUCGCGCCCUUGACGCCGCGCAACCUUUCGACUACGAAUCCCAUCUCCGCUACCAGCACCUUAAAUCCAAUUCUCUCAAGAUUGCCAUUAUCGGAUUUGGCAACUUCGGCCAGUUCCUUGCCAAAGCCUUUUCCCGCCAAAAUCACACUCUUUUUGCUCACUCUCGCUCAGACUACUCCCGUGUUGCUCCCCAAUUCAACGCUCAGUUCUACUCCGACAUUGAUGACCUUUGUGAACUUCACCCUGAUGUAGUUCUCAUUUCUACCUCCAUUCUUUCCACUGAAAGUAUGCUUAAAUCUAUCCCAUUUCAGCGGUUGAAAAGAAGUACACUUUUUGUCGAUGUUCUUUCAGUCAAAGAGUUCCCUAUGAAUCUUUUCUUGAAGUAUUUGCCAGAAGAGUUUGAUAUCUUGUGUACACAUCCGAUGUUUGGUCCAGAGAGUGGAAAAGAUUCGUGGGUUGGUCUUCCUUUUGUGUAUGACAAAGUUAGAAUUGGAGAUGACGAGGAAAGAUUGAGUCGAGUCGAGAGGUUUCUUGACUUUUUUGCUAAGGAAGGUUGCAGAAUGGUGGAGAUGAGUUGUAUUGAACAUGAUAAGUACGCUGCAGGGUCACAGUUUGUGACACAUACAAUGGGGAGAGUGUUGGAGAGGUUUGGAGUUGAGUCUUCGCCAAUUAACACAAAAGGGUAUGAGACAUUGUUGAAUUUGGUGAAGAAUACGAAAGGAGAUAGCUUUGAUUUGUAUUAUGGGUUGUUUAUGUAUAACCAGAAUUCGUUGGAGCAAUUGGAGAGGUUGGAUAUGGCCUUUGAGUCUAUUAAGAAGGAUUUGUUUGGGCGGCUGCUUCAGGUUUAUAGAAAGCAGUUGUUUCUGAAUGCUAAGGAAGAGGAUAGAUUUUUGUCGACAAUGAAGUUGCUUCGCGGUGGUGAUGAUGUGGUGGAACCUUCUGAUGAGAAGAGUAAAAGACUGGAAGGAUCUUAAACAGGAAGUACCUGAUUUUGGAGAAGAGCUGAUCGAAUGGAAAUAGAGGAUGGAGAGGCUGUCUUCCAUUAAACAGUUUCGGAGAUGAGCUCUGAUCGAAUGGAAAUAGGGGAUGGAGAGACUAAAUAAACACUCUGUGGGAGUUCUGUUCUCCUCUUGCAUCAGUCCAGUUGAUCAGUAUGCCACUUUGUAUAUAAUAAGACCUGAUUGCUGGCGGUACAGUAUUAUUAGUCUUUCUCUUAAUGGUAAGAAAUGAAGAUCAGAACCGAGUGUUUGAAUUGUAGAAA